AGCCAGAUUCUGAUUCUGACAGUCCAUCUGGGAUGAUGGGCAUAUCCCAGUACCAGAAGAGGCAACCUCGGCGACACUCCUUAACAGAGUCUGAGCCGCUUCCGAACCCAAUCGAGUCUGCGCUUGAUGAGCCGUUGCUUGGUCCAGACGAGCUUGAGCAGCGUCGCGGAACGCGAGCGACAGUUCCGAUACGCCUGCAAGUAUAUCACGGGCGCUUUGGGCAUUGGCAAGGCGAAGGCCUGAGAAAGUACAAGGGUGAGCCUCCUCGCCAUGAAAAUGCUCAUCCUCUUCGUCUCCAGAUUCCGGAUUUCUUGCGCUUUGGUUAGCUAGUGUUAUGGGAGUCAUCCUUGCGCUCCCGUUCCUCUGGGGAUCGACAGACCCGUCCCCCGGAGAUUCCACUCGGUCUGCCCCUUCCCUGAUCCCUUUAUUACCUCUACUCCUAGUCCUCCUCCUUCCGACGUUGAUAAUCCCUCCAGCUUUCCUAUUCCUGCUCAGCAAGACUGUUCGGCCAGUCCUCAUGGGUACAGCAGUCAUCGUACCCUUCUCACUUUUCGUGUGUGGAUGGUGGGCAAUUGGAGCGAGUUUCGAAAGCUACACCUCCAGAAACAAUGAUUCAGGAGAUCAGUGGUGGGGCACAGUGGGACUGCGUGUAUCUGCGGCUCUUCUUUGGAUACUUGCGGCCGGUUUCGGUCGACUGGUAUGGAUCAGGAGGAAACGGCUCGAUCGUACGGCUGCCGUUGUCGAGCUAUCGACUCAGCUGCUACUGUCGCAUCCUCCGCUACUGCUACUCACUCCGCUUCUCCUCGGCUUCUUCGCACUCACAUCGAUCCCUUUCUUGACGAUGCUGGUGAGACUCGGGACCAUCGGCUACUGGCGACAUCCAAGAGAAAACACUUGGAAUUUUCACAUCAAGCCAUAUGCUGGGUGGCUCAUAUUUCUCGUGACUCUAUUGUGGAUUUGGACAUGGGGAGUCAUUCGAGGCAUCGGUCGGGUGACGGUGGCAGCCGUCAUCGGAGAAUGGUACUUCCACCGGGACGACUCGACCCAUGCCGAUCCCCUCGAAACGACGACAGCAGCCCUUCAUCGUGCCACAGGCACAUCUCUUGGUAGCAUAUGUCUUGGAGCAGGCAUCAUUGCUGUCGUGAGGACGGUCGGUCGUUCCGCUGCGCAUCUCAAGCGGGUGUGUUCUCCCCGCGCGAAUAUUCUGCCAUCCCCACGGGGUUUCUUGUCUCGUCUCAACCCGCUCUUUUCCGUGAUUGCCAGUGUCCUAGAUCAACUCAAUGGGUACGCACUGGUGUAUGUCGGGAUCACGGGGGAAGCUUUUUGGCCCAGUGCGCGACGCGCUGUCGGUCUGGCUGGGAAGCGGAAAGGCGGCCAUCUGUUGGACUAUACCCUUAUCAAACUCCUUUUGACACUGAGCUCCACUGCGUUGGGCGUCUUUACCGGAAUGGCAGGCUAUCUCUAUAUGGCUCACUCUCUUGGCCAGCCCGGGUAUGCCCCAGUCGCUGCGUUGCUAUGUGGAGGAGUGCCGUUCCUCGCUGUCAGAGCUGGUGCAGCGGUUCUGGGUGAUGCGUGAGUAAAUUGCCUCCAUGACGAGUCCUCUGACCAAGUCUCAGAGCCGAUACGCUCUUCAUCUGUCAUCAAAUGGAUCGCGAGCUGGGCGGCGACCAUUGCGACAGAGCUAAGGAAGCGGUGCGUAUGAAGAUGCCCUUGGACGAUGGCUGACACUCGACCAGUUCCUCGGCGAUCCUCAUGCAACUGG